AUGUCGUACUCGGACGUGCGCCAGAAGGUGUUUCGCGUGCCAGGCAGCAUCGUGCUGUCUGUUGGACUCUCGUGGGACUUCGUCGGCGCCGAUCCCGUCGACCUGGACCUCAGCGCCGUUUGCUUCACGAAGGAGGGUCGCUUUCUCGAUGUGGUCUUCUUCAAUCACCUCUUCCCAGAGGGCACAAAUGUGACGGCGCUGCAGGAGCGCUACAUGGUGGACCCCGCACUGCUGCCCUACAUGUUUCUGAGCGGCGACAGCACCGUUGGCGGCGAGGACGAGAAUCAGCACCCAGGCCUCGCACUCGCCGCACGGCGGUGUCACCAGCAACGGCGGCGGAGAGCAGACCCACACGCGACGACGACUGGUGGUGUGUUAGGCACGCGCGACUACACAAACGCGGCAGCGAAUGUAUUCAAUCGCCUCUACGAGGAGGAGCAGCUCGCGGACGUGCAGCGAGCAGCGGAUGAGGCGAUCGGCUAUGACAAGCAUGCCGGUGACGAUGAGCUGGGUGAGGGCCAGCGACCCUCACGGCGUCGCCAGCGCCAUCAUCGAGAGCUUGCCGACGAGGUGCUCACGCUCGUCAUGAGCGAGAUACCGCAGGAGGCGGAUGUCAUCUUCCUCAGCGUGUCGAGCUACACCGGCCAGGACUUUACAGUGCUGUCGCGGGCGAAGCUGACCAUCUAUAACGAAUCCACAAACGAGCGCGUUGGUGUGAUGGACCUGCGACUGACCACGGAAAACGGCACCGCUAACUUGGCUGCCAUGUUGAUUCGUGUGCCAGCGCCACAGGAAGAGGGCGUAGCCGGGGUCGAUGGGGACGGCUCUCUCGGCAGCGCUGCAGCACAGGAGUGGGAUCUGCGAGAGCUCAACGUGCGCACGUUCGGCUACUCUUUUGUGGACACGCUCCCCCUCAUGAUGGACGUGCUUGGCGUGCCGCGUCAGUCACUCCUGGAUGUCCUACAGAACCUGCCGGACUACUCCUUGUCAAAGGUGAAGGCAGAGAUUGCGCCCUCGCGACUGUCUGACGUGCGCUUUGGCGUGGGAUGGAGCAGCGAGCACGACAUCGACGCCUUCCUUGUUUUCCUCGACGAGAACAACAACUACGUCGAUCACUUGUAUCCAAAGAACGGGAAGCUGCGGUCGAUCGCGCGGGACGCGGCUCGACACUCUGGCGACGCGCUUUGCGGUUCCACCUCUGCCGGGGAUGAGGAGUUCAUCGAUCUACUGACGUACCGCGUGCCGGACAACGUGGGAAGCAUCGUUGUCGGUGCCGUCUGGAUGGAGUCGUUUGGUGCCGCAAAGCGGACGUGCAACUCCAUCUUUGACGUGCCGGACUUGUAUCUGCGCCUGCAAAACCGCACGGUCAUGAAUCCGCACUCGAUGGAGGUCGACCGCUGGCCGGUCAACCGUGAAGCUCACGACCAGAAGAUUACCAAGCGGCUGCCGACCACGUACAAGGACGCCGAGCAUAGGGAGCAACCAGUGCGUGCGGUGGUGCUCGGUGCGUUGAUGAAGACUGGCACGCAGUCCUUCGAUUCGCUUUUCCCCAACGGCCGCCGCAUUGAUCAGCACUUCCGUACGCACCGCCCCCCUCCUUCAGAGGGCGAUGAUGGCGCCGUGUCGGAGCUCGAGGCGGAUUGCGAGGAGGAGGUCCCGCUGUUUCAGCUGGUGCCCAUUCACCAGUAUGUCCCGGUCGACCCACGUGACGGCUUUGCGCGCGUGAUCCCGUACUUGCAGUGCAUGGUGGCCUAUGCUGCAACGAUCGAGCGGGAUACUCUUACGGCGGUGCACUGUCGGGGCGCCGAGGACGAGGCUGCGCGCCUCGGUAUCGCCACUCCAUACUCUGUCCUGGGGAGCAGCGGGGUUUCUGCGCUGAACACGACGACCGGCACUAAAGACACGCGUCUCGCGCUAAGCAGCGAACACAACAUGGUAGGCUGGAACCCCGUUACCAGUGCCUCCGUGCGCCGCGCCAAUCGCGACGAGACGGCGGCCAAAGCUGCGCGUGAGCGGGAUGCGAAGGACAAGGCGGCAACCACGGCGCUGCGCAACCGUUAUGGUCGUAUGUGGUCAGAGAUGAAGUACUACGACAACCGCACCGAUCUUUUCGCCAUUGCCGUUCAGUUCUUGGAAGUCGUGGAGGUGCACCCGCAGAUGCCGGAUCGUUUUCAGUGCCACGGUGAGGUGUGGGUGUUUGGCCAGACCAACUGCAUCGUCCCGGCGCACGGCCGCGUCUCCGCCUUGGACAACAAGCCAUACCGAUCCCCGAUCCUCGUCGAUCGCGAGAAGCUCGUGUGGGCCGACGCACACCAGGGCAGCAGUAGCUGUGGCUACUUCAUUGUGCACAAGUAUGACCGACUGCGCGUUAUGCUGUUUGAGACGGCAUCUGUCGGCGUGGCAGACUUGGAUCUCCUCUCCAUGAACGCCUUGUGGAACAGCGAGGGCGACGAGCGACUCACUAGUCUCUCAGAUCGGUUCAAUCCCAUCGAGUGCAAUGUGCAGCUUACUGGCGGUUCCAGUGUCAUGGACACCGGAAUGCUUGUCUACAGGGGUGAGGUGCGGCUGCGCGUGUCGCGGGUGCCACUGAACGCAGCCAUGAUCACACUGCAGCGGCAGGCGGACAAAAUUAACGCGCAGCACAGACACGUGCAGGAGUUGCAGAAACGCUACGAGGAGCGGUACUACAACAAGCAGUACCAGCCUUGCGUCAUCAUGUGA